UUCUCUCAUUCCCUCCCUCCAUCCCUGAUUUUGCUUUCUUUGAUCUCUAGUCAGAACAGAACUUUGUUUUUCUGAGUGUAGGUGGAGUCAAAUGACUUUUGGGGAGGUGAGGAGGGGAUUCUUAUAAAAUCUGACAGCUUACACAUCCUGAAUGAGACAAGUUAGUUUGUUCAGAUAGACUGUGCACGCAACGCACAAUAGGUAAGAUGACCCAGCGGUUUACAGCAGAACUGAAGAACAUACAUACGACUGGAAGGUGAAGAAAGAGCUUCAUAUCACAUAAAAGCCUGGGUUACCUGAAUAAGUGUUUUAGGUUCUCCUGACAUCAUGUACCUCAGUGGGGCAGAUCACAGGACUAAUGACUGCUGCUUCGUACUGGAUGGCUUCUAGUGGUAUGGAUUCCUUGAACCCUCAUCUUUCCCAGCUGCACAAAGGGAAGAUAAAUAUCUGUUAAAAAUCCUCACCGCUAUCACUACCGCCCCAGAAAAAACGAAAUUGAGAGAAGAUCCAAGAACUAGAAAGGAUGCACGCCAAAGACAGCAGUCCACCAGAUGGUGGCUAUGGAUGGGUUGUGGUAGUGUCAGCCUUCAUGGUGAUGGGCCUCACUGCUGCUGUCCUCAAGACUUUUGGUCUUUUCUUUGUUGAAAUUCAGCAGCACUUUGAUGAACUUGCAAGCACCACUUCUUGGAUCACAUCAGUGACUAUUGCCAUCUUUCAUUUAGGAGCCCCUGUGGCCAGCUCACUAUGUGUACGAUACAGUCAUCGGGCAGUUGUGAUCACUGGAGGAUUCCUGGCUUUUUCAGGAAUGGCACUGGGAUUUUUUGGACUCAACAUGGUCUGGAUGUAUGCAACGACUGGCUUCCUACAGGGACUUGGGAUUUCCUUUUCAUGGACACCAGCCAUUAGCAUUGUUAGCCAUUAUUUCUCCAAGAAAAGAGCUUUGGCCAAUGCUAUUGCCAGUGCUGGAGAAUGUGCCUUUGCAUUCACGUUUGGGCCAUUUUUCCAGUGGCUGAUUGGUCAAUACGGAUGGAAAGGUGCCCUCUUGAUCAUAGGUGGCAUCCAACUCAACAUUUGUGUCUGUGGAAUACUGAUGCGGCCCCUGGCAAGCAGCUGCCUCCUUGAGGACAGACAGUCUAGAGUUGGGACACCACUUGACAAUGGUGCAUCUAGGACAGGUGAAGAUAAGUCUCCCAUCACACACAAAACCUUCAACUGGAUGCUUGUGAGGCGACCGGAGUUUGUGCUUUAUGCCAUUUUUGGCAUAUUAGCUGCUAUGAGUUUUUUUGUUCCCCCGUUAUUUUUAGUUCCAUUGAGCUACAGCCUGGGAAUUGAUGAAUCGUGGACUGCAUCCCUCCUAUCCAUUUUGGCUAUGGUGGACUUCACAGGCAGACUGCUAUGUGGCUGGUACGCCAACCUCAACAUUACCAAAACUGUUCAUUUGCUGACAAUGACAAUUACACUGAUCAGCACUUCCUUGAUGCUGUUGCCACUAGCUAACAAUUACUUGUCCUUGGCAAUAUUCACUGGCUUCUAUGGAUUCUUCUUUGGCAUGACAGUCGCUGUUCACAUUACAGUCCUAGCAGAUGUUGUAGGCAUGCCAGACUUUGACAGUGCUUUAGGGCUUUUCAUGCUCAUUCGAAGCACAGGAGGUUUCGUGGGGCCUCCUCUUGCUGGUCUGAUCGUGGACAUGGCGGGAGAUUACAGAGCAGGCUUCUACAUGGCAGGAGCCACUCUUGUCCUGUCAGCUGGAUUUUUAGUUAUUUUAGAUCAGUUUCAACAGAGGAAAGAAAGAGGAAGCCAGACUAACACUAAACUUGAAAAGUCAAUGUUACCCUACCCAUCCCUCCAUCCCCUGAAACUUCAAAACAGUAGGUAUCGAGAACAUGAUGCAGUGGUGUGACUACAUUGGACAUCUUACAGCAUUUCAGGAUAUGCGGAAGUGUUUUAUUUUCUCCAAACUCAAUAUUACUAGGAUUAAUAAAAUGAUGGAAGUUUGGGAUAACAAUGUUUGAAACUGAGGAGGAAAGUCAUUAGUUUACAAGCAAACCACACCAGUAACCAUUAUCGUAUUAUUUUGAUGUCAAGUUGCAUUUUGACUACACAAGUCUUCAACACAGUCCCACAGGGCUGUGAUAAGUGAAGUAGGGAAAAGAUGAUCUAAAUGAAAUUACCUUGAAGCAUGUAUGCGGUGUAUAGAAACGCUCUCCCCAAAUACAGGCUGCAGCAAUCACUAUCAAAUAGGAAGAGCCAUCAGCUCAGAGAUAUUUAGCUUGGGGAUGUAGUGUUCAGUAUUUUCAUCAAGCAAGUUGGAUGUGAAAGUGAGAGUAAAUCAAUAUAGUUUUGAGCUAAAGCAUUUGCAAGCACUCUACAGAGCAGGGCUGGAAUCUGAUAAAUAAAUAAACCUGAUAAAUGGGAAAGUUACAGGAAUAAUGCAAUUCAGUAGAGACAAGUGCAGGCCUAAAUAUCAGAAAUAAAAAGCAAAAUAUACACACAUAAAAUGGGGAAGGAUUGAUGAACAAUAGAGGAAGACCUAAGGCUACAGUGGGCUCAAACGUAGUAAGAAUUCCUAAUGCAGCCCUUUAUUAAAAAUAGAAAAUGUCUUUCUGUGCUAUGCUAAGAUAGAAGAGAUAAUGAUGCUUGCAAGGCUUUAACUGGAAGUGAUACAUAAGUUGUAAAGAAUUAAGUGAAAAGAGAAUGAGAGAGGUUGAGAAAAUAGAGCCUAAUGAAAAAGUGUGUGAAAUAAAAUUUGUCUGGUUUACAAGGUAAAAGUCUGUAGAGAGCAUGAGAACAGCCUUCAAAUCCAUAAUAGGUUGAGAUAAAGAAGGCACAAUAAAUUCAUUUCCUUGCUAAAGCAAUUAGUAAUUGAUAAAAUUUGUUAUGUAAUGGGGAAUAAACAUCAUUGUAGCCUGUUAAACGCAGAAACAGGCCAUAGUGAGAAUAGGAAAACACAGAGAUAUCAAAGAAUAGAUAAUACAUGAGAGAGAAUCGAAAUAUAUUCAGUUGUGCAUGAGAACAGUGGGAUUGACUAGAUGACUUCCUGAGGUCCUCUUUAGUUGCAAGUUUCAACUGAGACUCUUUGGGCAAAUAUUUGAUUAUUUGAUUUAUGAAAAUAAAAGGAGUCUGUAUACAAA